AGAGUACAGGAGAGAGUCGAAGGGUCUAGGGUGCUUCUUGUCGAAGAAAAAUCGUUCCCUUUUCAAAUUAUGCUGUUAACUAGUUUCCCUGGUUUGUGCCGGGGUGUUGCCAUUUUGGAGAGGACAUUGCUGCUGCUGUGUCGCUGCGAAAACAUGGCAAACCAAAACAUAACCAACAAAAACGUUACAGAACCACAAGAAAACAUAUUUAGAUAUUUAUGCCCAAGUUUGCUUUCACAAAACGACAUCUUGAAAGAACUUAAGACAAGAUGUUUUAAAAUCAAAGGAUUGGAGAUUAAAAGCAGGGAUGAGCUGACGCAGAUUUUUAUAAAACAUCUUUUGCCAUUACCUCAACGGUGUUUUCCAAAUAAUCAUCAUGGAAAUCUCAUUAAUAAAAUGAUCCUUAGAGAAAAUGCACCAUCCAAGAGAAAGGAGAAACAUGAGCAGAAUCAAAGCUGUUUGCAGUAUGGAUUUAAUAGUGUGCAAGACACAAAACUGUCAUUGAAGUCACCAGCGAAAGGAGGUUUGGAUCGCCUUAAACCACCAAUUGAUUCUUCUAGUGUUCAGCAUAGAAAGAUAUCAUUUUCUAAGACUUCUUCAUCAUCAUCAUCAACCAAUGCUACCCUAGACAAGAUUGUUGUAAAUAGCCAUUUAGAAAGAUGCCACAGAAAAAGUAUGGAUGAAAUGGUUGAAACAGCAAAAAAUGACUUAAAAAGAGCCCAUUCCGAGACUGAGGAAGAUAUUUCUCCAUCAAAGAAGGGAAGACAGAGAAUAGCAUGGCCUUAGACUUAGGAUUUUGGUUUUGACAAGUUGCCCUCUAAACAAUACUUGUUACUAUUCUUACCUUCUAUGACGACAGAUGUCAACAAUACGUCGAUUGUGGCUGGCUCAGUUCCUCUCACAUUUUCUUCGUCAGAUGAAUUUCACAUCAGUCAAAGGAACUCAAUUAAUUUUCCUUGGUAAUAAUUUGUAAUUAACUCUUUCAACAAUUAUCAAUUUAUUUCUGCCAUUUCUGAUCCAUGAAUCCAUGUUACACAUCUUGCAAACCAAUAUUGACCUCCUUUUCACUUGAACUUCAAUGAGUAUUGAGUAAAUGUAACUUAUAUCAUCCAGCAAGUCACUGUAUUUUGUUGUUUUCUGUUCUGUAGCUGGAAGUUUGGAAAUCUGCAAGCUAAUGGUCGUAAUGUUGGUAGUAACUUAUAUUUCAAUGGGCUUUAAAUAGCUUGUAAGUUAAAUCUAAGUUACAUGAGCUUCUGAUUUCUCUUCAUGAAUCAUAACUUGAGAAAACGGUACUUGACAUUGCCAGUUAAGAGAUAAGAUUUCUGUCUAUGAUGGUAAGCUUGAGAGAAGUAAAAGUACAUGGAUCUGUCACAUAUUAGAUAGAGGCAAUUGUACUUCACCCUUACAUUUCUUUGCCAGUUUACAGUUUCAAAAUGACAAUGAUUAAAAGACAAUUAAGAAUCAA